AUGCAAGGGUGGACGACGACUCAGCAAGCGCCGGGCGUCGCCGCCCAACAUACCUCAGCUGUACCUCACUCCUACCCUUCUAACCCUGCUUACACUUCUGUUUCCGUUCGCCAAGGAUUUGGUUCAUACACCUCAACUCCAGCAUAUCCCGGCUACCCGCAGCCCGCAGCCAUGCACGCCCAGCCGGCAACACAUGAAAGCCAAGCAUCAACACCCGACCACUCUCAAGCCAAAGUAAAAUGGCCCGAUUCCGUUCGCGAUUAUGUCCAGCGUGCCUUCCAUCCUGACAAUGAUGACCCUUCCGUAAGCCGAUCCGAGGUGGAAACUAAACUGAAAUCCAUCAUUCGUGCUGCUACUGAGGAUGGAACUCUGUACACCCUUGACUGGGCGUCUAUGCCAUCACCUCAGGUGUUGGUCAAAGCCGACCGCAGCUCUACAGGGUCACCAGCAAACUCUCUAUUUAAUACUAAGAAGCGAAAGUCUUCUGAAUUUUCGAGUUCCGACGGACACGCUCAGCCCCCUUGGGCCAAUACUAACAUCCGCCUGUCUCUCGAGGAUCGUAUCACUUCGCCGGAUAAGCGCUCAACAUCAGAUGAGUCCAGGACUAAAUCAAGUAAGUUCCAAAAGGACGCAAACAAGCGUAGGCGACGAUUCGAGAACGAAUACAAGGCACACCGUGGAUCUUCUCCCAGCCCGCCACCGCCUUCGUCUGGACCGAUUGUGGGUACCUGCGAAACUUUGGAGAAGAAGUAUUUGCGUCUCACAGCGGCUCCCAUUCCAUCAAAGGUGCGGCCUGAGGCCAUUCUCAAGCAGACUCUCGAUCUUCUCAAGAAGAAGUGGAGAAAAGAAGGCAACUACUCGUACAUUUGCGACCAGCUCAAGUCCAUGCGCCAGGACCUUACUGUGCAACACAUUAAAAAUGAAUUCACCGUCUCAGUUUAUGAGAUUCAUGCCCGGAUUGCCUUGGAGAAGGGGGAUAUUGGUGAGUAUAAUCAGUGCCAGACCCAACUGCGUUCACUCUACGCGUUGGGCCUGAAGGGCAACCCCAUAGAAUUCAAGGCAUAUCGUAUUCUUUACUUCAUUCACACUGCCAACCGGACCGGAUUGAACGACGCUAUAGCAGACCUAACCUCAGCAGAAAAACAAGAGCAUGCGAUCAAGCAUGCAUUAGAUGUACGCUCUGCCCUCGCCUUGGGCAACUACCAUAGAUUCUUCCGACUUUACAUGGACACUCCCAAUAUGGGGGCUUAUCUUAUGGAUAUGUUCAUUGUUCGGGAGCGUCUAGCUGCCCUCUGCAACAUCUGCAAAGCUUAUAAACCUGACUUGAAUUUGCGCUUCAUCACAGAGGAGCUCGGCUUCGAGUCUGAUUCUGGUGCUGCGGAGUUUAUAAUCGACUACAACGGUCAGCAUCUUCUUGAAGACCGUAGCGAUUACAUAGCGUUUUUGACAGGCAAGGCCGGCGCUCUUUUCGAGGGUGCUCGAGCCGCGGCCUUCCGAAAGGUCGAUAUCAAGGGACAGAUAUAG